AUCUCUGUCCAAGUAUACCACGUCCACCGCCCUCCUCUGUCCAAGUAUACCAUGUCCACCGCCCCCCCCUCUCCAAGUAAACCAAAUCCACCGCCCCCCCCCUUCUGUCCAAGUAUACCACGUCCACCGCCCCCCUCUGUCCAAGUUUACCACGUCCACAGCCACAUCUUUGUCCGAGUAUAAAACAUCCACCGCCCCUCCUCUGUCCAAGUACACCCCGUACACCCCACCCACACAUCCUGUACACCCCAUCCACCCCGCACACCCC